AUGAAACCCCUAAGAUGUGGCAAGUCCGUGCGACGUAUCCAGCUGACUUCAUUAUUUAUUAUCGACCCGAUCCAAGUCUCCCAGGUGGCGAAGAUGGUGGAUUGGCAAUUGCUAGCCAUCAUCGGCUUCAGCGUGACCGGAGUGUUAUUAUUGGUUCUUGUUGUGGUAACAGUUGCAUUUCUUCGCCGGCGGCGAUGCACUCACAAGCAUUAUCACGCUGAGGUCCUUGAGCUUAAAGAAAAUCUGAAAGCGGCGCAAGUAGAGAAGGAGGCGAAAGAAGACGAGUUCACAAGUCUUCGCAGAUCAGUUGCUGACUUCGAUGCGGAGAGGUCCCUCCUCUUGAAAAGGUUGGAAUCUUGCGGUUCGAACCCGACGCCGGAAGAAAUCCGGUGCUGUCUGCGGGAGCUUCAGCUAUACUUGGCUAUCCAAGCAGCGAACUCACUCUGUUUACGUAAAGCAGUAAAUGCUGACUACAAACAGGGCCCUCCAGCAUUGCUCGCUGAAGUGUGGCUAGUCCACGGCGAACUCUACACAACACGGGACGACGACAGCUACCCGUGCCUAGGUGGGUAUGGGGCCAUGAUCGUUUAUUGCGCAAAACGUACAUAA